AUGAUCAUUAAUUGUUGGAAUAAAACUGGAAUUUUGUCAUCAGUUUCAUGUGAAGAAAUUGAAGUCACUAUUAAUAGUCAAGAUAUAUUGUUGGAGCAACAAGAUAAUGAUGUCAAUGUGUUGGUAAUAGAUUUGACAUUUCAAAACCUGAGUUCAGAAAUAAAAAAUCAAUUGAAUGAAUAUUUAGAUCUCAAUAAUUUAUGUAUUAUAACUGAAGAUAAACUUAAAGAUUCUGAAAUUGUUGAAAUAGUUUUAGAUGAAGAAAAUCAAUAUGAAAAUGAAGAUCUAGAUGAUUCAGAUGAAGAAGAACUAGAAAUUCCAGUAUCAGAAGGUUUAAUAAAUUUAAAUAAGUUUAUUUGUUUUUUUGAACAACAAACUGAUACAGAUUUCAAAGCCAAGAAUCUUAAAAUAUUUCAGAAAUAUUUAACUUUAGUGAAGCAAAAAUAUAAUGAAUCUAAAUGCCAAACAUCUAUUGAUAAUUUUUUUAUACUCUUAAAUAAUAAUAUUAUAUUGUAA